AAAUUGUACACAAUUUGAACGAUAAGUUUUAAUUAUGAGUUAAUUAAUCAAAUAAAACACAAACUCAAUGACUGUUAACCAAUCAAAACACAUAAUGAAUGUCAAUCUCAACGUAUAGUGCCUUUCAUUGACCGCAAACCUCAAUGUCUGACCGAUUGGUGUCCGCAAAGACAUCGGCGACGAUCACCGCCAGAGACGACGACAGUCGAGCGUUGACUCACUUAUACGAGUGGAUCGACGAGUCGUUUGUCCGCCAAAAGUCAGUCAAAUGCCAUUACGACGGAUGCGACAAAGGGUUCGCCACUCAAAACCAAUUGGACUUAUAUAUCAGGCAAAGACAUGCCAUUGAUGGCAGCGCACAGUUCGGGGAACAACACUCAGCACUUGAUUACAUACAACACAUACCACCGAUCAAUACAACUGGCCAUUCAGUCUAUCAGACAAUAUUCAAAAACACUACUACUUCCAGUCCCGGCAGCCAAUGGGUGGACAAUACUCUACAUAAUCUCAUCACAUCAUGCGAUGCCGGAGACCAGUUCAGGAGUAGAGCACCCGAUGGCAGACAACAGAUGCCUACAAUCACUGCCACUAAUCCUCCGCCACAACUGCCAAUCAUCACAACCUCUACCUCCAGACCCGACAGACAAUCGUUGGACAUAACUCUUAAAAAUGAUUCGGACUCUGAUAUUGAAUUCAUUUGUAGAGUUCCGGCGCCCAAACGGUCCGCACGUAACCGAUCGCCGAGUGAUGUAAAGCCAAAAUCUCUGGCGCCGGACAUUAACGAGAAAUUGCCCGACGGCUACAUAAAGCUGACCACUACUAGAAAUGAGCCAAAACAGGACACCGCGGCCGGCAUACAAGUGGACAGACGGCGUGAGUCGCCCAGCAAUGUCGGGCCCCGAUCGCCGGCCUACGGAUUCCGGUGCCCGUUCACGGGUUGCGGCGAUUGGUUUCAGUACUGCCGCCAAUUAAAGGAACACACGAAGCGUUGCGAUCGGCGGCCGGACUGUUGGCAACCGGUGGUGACUCCACCGGUGCGGGAGUGCCAGCGCUGUGGACUGACAUUUGCAAACGUGGGUUUAUUCCACGCGCAUAAGAACCGCUGCCGUCGCGGCCUAUCGGGAAUCAAACGCUACUUUUCCGAUAAUACUACUACUACUACUACUACUAAUACUACCGCUACUACACGGGCACGGGAUGGCUACCUAUGCCCGCACGACGGCUGCGACAAAACAUUUGAAACCCGGCGACUGUUUCGCAAACACAGUAAGAGUCACCGGAAGUGCGACAAACCCCGGGAGGCGUCGCCCUCGCCGUCAGUUAACGCGUAUCCAUUGGCCGACGCCCUCCCCGUAACCACUCACUCAUCAAUUGGAUACCUGUGUCCGUACGUGGGCUGUCAUCGAGGGUUUACCGAUCAGCUGCUAUUCUACGGUCACAUACAGUCCGUCCACAUCAUGUCUGAGCUGUACGAGCCGUCGGCGACCGCACACCCGGCGGAUAGGCAUCAGUGCUCGCGUUGUGGCAACACGUUUGUGUCGGUGCGCGACCUUCAAGACCACCAAAUGUUUGCCCAUCGCUGA